CAACAACACGAUUUUUACGUUAAAACUUGGCGACCAAACUUUCGUCCCGCCUUACUCAACUGAUAAUCGUAGUAUCUUUCGCUUCUUCCAAAACUCUUAUUCUCCCGGGCUGCUUUUAAAAUACGGCCGACAACAAAAAGUCUUAAACGGUCACGCCGCAAUAAUUUGAUAACACUGAGAAUGAAUUAGCCCCCCACGCAGAGGCUCUUAGGGUUCGUCACGCGUGACGAACCCUAAGAGCGGUCAGGCAUGAAUUUGACAUCACCGACAUUUCCUUGACAGAUGUGAGACGGGCUGUGAGAUGGGCUGUGACACGCAUUGUUAGCCCCGACAGAGCAAACCGGAAGUUCUUUGAUUCUUGCGAAUCGAGGAAUUUGAGCGUCAUGAACAGCUUUUGGCAAUGGACGGGUCUUCGUUCAGUUCACCGUAACAGGAAGAACACUACCUUUUUGGCAGCAAUUUUUGUGCUGGUUAUUUGGAUUUUCGCGAUGAAAAAACUUUUAAUGGCGUCUCACGAUUACGUGCAAGAAAUUGACUUACACCCGACUGUUUACACAACGAUAGCUCAGUGCGAUCGCAAAGAAAAUGGCGAGUUUAACUGUCCGGAUAUACGUAAAAAAGGGCCAACAUUGCUUCGCCGCUGCCAGUUAGUAUUGACAAGAAUGACCAGAGUCUUUGAUCUCAUUGCUAAAAAGCACGGUAUAAGGUAUUGGUUGUACAGAGGAAGUCUUCUCGGCGCAGUGAGACACAACGGACACAAUCCGUUUGAUAAUGAUGUCGACAUAGCCAUUCCUAAAGCAGACUUUGAAAAGUUUAUCAAAUAUGGUGUGGAUGAACUUCCCGACGAUAUUUUCUUCCAAACCGAAAAGACAGACCCUUAUUACAAAGUUCCAACUCUGACCGGCAUUCUUGGGAAACUGCGAGACAAGAACAGUUGCUACAAGACUUGUUUGACCUGUAAACAAGCGGACGGCCUACAAUUAGAUAUGUUUGUACUCGAAAGCGACACCGACGGAAAUUUCCUCGAGUUGUACGAUGGAAAUUGGUUUUGGCGACACACUUUCGGGCCGACUGUAAGAAAAAAAAGUGAGAUCUUCCCUCUGACGGAGGUGAAUUUUGAUGGCUUCCCCUUGCCUGCUCCGCGUGAAUGGCGGAAAAUGUUGAAGUCAACGUAUGGUGAUUUUAUGAAAGUUCCAUAUAGCAACCCACCAGGGCAUAUCAUAACAGAUGUGUUACGGAGUUGUGAAGAGAUCAAGGAACAAACCUCACGUUGAGAACGUGUGUUUGUCAGGCAUUUCAUGCCAAAUUUCCACUAUUUUCAACCCGAGCAAAAUGGCGCGAGAACUCAGGAAGCUUCUUCUAUGCGGGUGUUGAAUGGAUUAAUUCCGGAUAUUCAAUAGUAUCUGUGUUUGAUCUGUGAAAAUGUAUGAACUGGGUAAAAAUUUCCGAUAAAAUCCCAAUUUUAGAACUCGAGGGCGAGUACAAUCGCAUUUUCAUGUUUAUUACAAUGAAUAUGGUCUCUUGGUUUUCGUCAAUUCAUUGAUGUGUGAAAAUUUAAAUCGCAAUUGACGGCCUGUUCGUGACAACUUGUAAACCUAAUUAUCUCUGUUGUGCCUUUCAUGUUGUAGCAGGUGCUGUAGGUGUAUUCUUGUAUUUCAUUAAAAAAUUUGGGGUUAGGUGCACUUUAAAAA